GGAAUGUAAUUUGCCUCCUAAAAAGAGAAGAGAUGCAAAUAUGGUCGAAGUUUAUUCUGAUCUUGAUUCAGAAGAUGAAAAAGAAACCUAUGAAGAGGUCUAUACUACUCCAAAAACUUCUGAAUCUCAACAAGAAAUGAGAUUAAGAACAAGGAAUGUAAUUAAACCAAUUUUUCUAACCACUCCGAUGAAUUUGGAAGAAGGAAUUUCGACUUCUAAUGUUAAGAAACCUCGAAGAAAAAUACCACGUACUCCCUCUGCU